AUGUCCGUCGUGCUUCGUGGCCGGGGCGGCGCCGGCGCCUGGUGGGUUCUGCGGGCGGGUUGCCGCGCCUACCACCGGACCGUCGCCUGUCGCCGGCGCCCUUCGCAGUGGUCGGGCGUCCACGGCCAGUCGCGGGUGGCGGGGAGACUGGCGGCGGCGCCAGGGACGCCACGAAGCAGCAGCGGCAACGCGGACAGAGAACCGGAUGCCGGCACUUUGCGUGGCGGCACGAGCGAGAAUCACGAAGAACACUCGUCUCUGGCGGGGCCGGCGUCGCCACAGGCGUAUAUGUACCGCCUGCGGCACGGGCGUUUUGACGAUCUUGCAACGCUUUUAUCAACACCCUACGCGGCUCCGCCGUUGCGGAUCCUGACGGAUGUGCUUCGCGAGGCGAUGCAGCUGAAGCUGCGUUUGGCGUCCGGCGAGGGUGGCGAUGCCGGUGCUGACGACGCGGGCCGGAGUGACGCAUGGGAGGCACUUCAGCGCAUGACGCAUGCGCUGUCCGAUCCACUUGCUCUUAGACACGUGCUUUCCGAGGCGAUUCACGUGACAGCAGAGGUGAAAGAGGCUGCGUCUGCAGUGGGGGAUCAGAUUAGCGAGCGCGAGCUGCAGAGGGUGUUGUGCGAAAUAGAAUCCUUUGUAGAUCAGUUACGGCAGUGGAACACCGCAAUGAACACGGGCUUUUCCGUUGCCGCCACACACGCAGAGGAUGCCAAGUUUUCGUAUUUGUUGGGAUGGGACCUGCCAGAUGUGGCGAUGGCGGAGAUUUGGCAUGCCCUGCUUGAGCUGUGCAGCCUAACGGGGGCCUUUGACGUCGCGGUGGAGUCCCUCAACCGCCUCAUUGAGUUGAGCGAGCUGGUGGAGCGCGUCGAGGCGAAGAGGAACACGCGUGCGGUGCGGUGGGACGGGAACGAUGCUGACAGGAACGAGAACGAUAACGAGCAGGUCGACGAAGAGCACCAGCCGUCUGGUUUUACGCUAGACGGUGUGGUGGAAGUGGUAGAGGAGGAGGUGCGACACGCUUUUUCGCCAGUGCUGGCGCUUGAUCAUAUUCGCGCCAUGCGCAGCUGCGAACAUGCACGCAACUUUGACGUCGCUCACACGUUGUUUCUGCGGUACAUGCAGCACGCCCGGGGCGGUGUGUUUCCCCUGACAACUGGCGAUAUUACGGCUGCCUUGAUUGCCCUCGCACACUGCUGCAGUAACACGGCCCACUUUGCGAUGCUGCAGGAACUUUUUCUCGAGAGCGAGGCCGACCAGGUGGUUGCCGUCUCGGUGGAGUUGUACACCGCCCUCAUUGACGCCGUAAGCCGGGCAAAUGAAAAUCCACAGUGUAUGUCAAUAGCACUUGCGCUUUACCGUCGACUGCGGGACGGGGGUCUGGCGCCCACGGCCGACACCUACGCUGCGCUCAUUGCCUGCUGUGCCGCCACAAAGGAACCGACGCAGGCAUUUGCCUUCUACCACGAGGCAAGGCACUGCUGCGGGGUCGAGCGCCUCUGCCCGGCGGUGUACACUAAUUUGCUGCUGGCCUACGCCAGAGCCGGCUACGCCGCGGAUGCGCGGGCGACGCUGGAAGUGCUUGUAGAGGCUGGUGCCCCGCUUUCUCGAGGUGCCUUUCACGCCGUGUUAUCGGCCGCGCUAACGCUGCGGGAGGCGGAAGACGUACUUGGACUCAUGGAAACACGAUACAAUAUCGCGCCAACCCCGCAGACCUACGCGUACCUGCUUCAGACGGCAAGCACAAGGCCCAACGGUGCCUCCACCGUCCUCCAAAUGUUUGACUGGCACGAGUUAGCCUUGAAGUCUCUCGCGAAGAGCAGCAGCCUCGUUAAACAGCGAAUGCCAACGGCAGUACUUGAUGGGCAUUCAAGCCAGGUGGCAAUAAGCACAAGUGCGUUGGCCACCUCAUUAGAAGGUGACCUUUUCUUACGCUAUCCGGCCUAUGCGGAGGCUGUCGAAGGGGCGCUGGUGCGACUGCGCGUUGAUCCUGCAGUGGAUCCACGUAUAGAGCCCUAUCUGCGUCCACUACUCCGUGUGGCUCAGCUCCGUAUGAAUGACUUCACUGGGAUGACUCCACAAGUGCCUACCCGAAUUCCGAAAGGGGCGGCAAUUGCGGUGCUGGCAGCGGACGUCCUUGCAAAUCUUGAUGACUGGUUUCUGCCAUUUGCCGCGUACUACUCCGCGGUGGUGAUUCCGUACUCUUCCCUUGUGGCGCUGCGAAACGGGGGAGGACGGCGUGUGGAUGGGGCCUUUGCAACGGGCACACAGCAGCUGUUGGCCGACCCACAGUGGCGAGAGGUGGGUUCGGAGCAGCAGCUCAUGCUGGAGAGUCGGCGGCGCGUACUGCUGAAGUUCCUGGAAACCUACCGUGACGUCAUUCACUUGGUUUCGCUGGGGGAGGAACUGGCGCUCAGCUGCGAUUGUGAGCGGUACGGUGUCGGGGUGCGAAAAACGUUCUCCCGCUGUGCCGCCUUUGCGCUGAACCUGGCACGCCUGGACGUGGCCAACACAACGAGGCUGUACGCCGAGCAGGCCUGCAACAUCGUCCUGGUCUCUGCCAGCUUUGACAACUGUGGAAAGUACGUGGUUGGCCUGAAGCAGGAGGUUCGCCGCGGCGCGCGGGACGGCGACGGGCUCCGCAGACUGUCGGAUGGGAUGCAGCGGGUGUGGUACCACAACCCCCGCACAAGCCCGCAGUGGCGGCCGCCGCAGGUGUCUGUCGCUUCGCUCAUUCACCCCCCUCGCCCUGAGUCGACCCUCGCACGAGCAACGUCGUUGAGUUUCUCCCGAAACUAA